CUCGCUUCAGACGUCAAUCGCGGGGCGUGUGUCUUGCUGGGACACAGUGGAGGUCUCAGCUCUGGUUUUCGGAGCGGUCGGGUGCAUUCUCCUCCCCUGGCCCCCACGUCCUCGAAGCCCCCGCCGCCAGACCCAUCGGCGAAACCAGCCAGUGACUCCUGCGGCGCCCUCCCGCACCGGAUCGCUCCUCGCUGGGGCGGGACCUGGCCCAACAGCUCCGGUCACUAUGAGUGAAACAUCUUUCAACCUAAUAUCGGAAAAAUGUGACAUUCUAUCAAUCCUCCGGGAUCACCCUGAAAACAGGAUUUACCAGAGGAAAAUCCAGGAACUCAGCAAAAUGUUCACCGCGAUCCGCAAGACCAAGGGGGACGGGAACUGCUUCUACCGGGCCCUGGGCUACUCCUACCUGGAGUCUCUGCUGGGGAAGAGCAGAGAGACCCUCAAGUUCAAAGAGCGCGUACUGCAGACCCCCAACGACCUCCUGGCCGCCGGCUUCGAGGAGCACAGGUUCCGAAACUUCUUCAAUGCUUUUUACAGUGUGGUGGAGCUGGUGGAGAAGGACGGCUCCGUGUCCAGCCUGCUGAGGGUGUUCAACGACCAGAGCGCCUCGGACAGAAUCGUGCAGUUCCUGCGCCUGCUCACUUCGGCCUUCAUCAGGAACCGCGCCGACUUCUUCCGGCACUUCAUCGACGAGGAGAUGGACAUCAAGGACUUCUGCGCUCACGAAGUGGAGCCGAUGGCCACGGAGUGUGACCACAUCCAGAUCACGGCCCUGUCGCAGGCGCUGAACAUCGCCCUGCAGGUGGAGUACGUGGACGAGACGGACACGGCCCUGAACCACCACGUGUUCCCCGAGGCGGCCGCCCCCUCCGUGUACCUGCUCUAUAAAACUUCCCACUACAACAUCCUUUACGCAGCCGAUAAACGUGAUUAAUUUUAGGCCACGAAGUGGAGCCUGUGCCCCUCACGGGGACUGCAUUCUGAAUGGAACGUCGCGGCUUUUCAAUUUUUUUAAGCGGGUUAGACUGUAGUUGGAAACCAGCGCACACGGACUUUUGGGGCAGAGUCCCUGGGAAUGAGGCCUACCGAUUAGGGACUGCGGUCAUUGGGCGAUAUUUUUAGUAUUUGUUUUCAUAAGGGACCAAAUGGUCUUUAACUCGGGGUUCGGGGGCCAGGGCCCCCCGGCUCUGCCCCAGGUCCCUUGAGACCGCGGGUCAGUCUCCUCCCCUCCCUGGGCCUGCUUCUCCGUCGCCGGAGCUUUCCGCCAGCGCCGACAUCUAUUUUUGUACAAAAACAAGCCGGGGCCCUCUGGUCAGCCUUUUCACCACGGGCAGCGCCUCUCUCUAAGGGAGGAAAAGCUCAAGGUCGACUGUCUUAAGCGACGUACAAGUUCUAUAAAAACGAAUCAGCUCUAACCACCUGUCGGGCUGGACUCUGGUGGGCGGCUGGGUGAAGCGCCGGCCAGCCUGGAUGCACGGGCUUCGACGUGGUUCCAAACUUCUGUCGCGGGAGUGUUUUCUCACCCCUAACUUCAGAAGGAAAAAGAGACUUUUAUGCCAAAGCCUAGAAAGCGGACUUGAGCGGGACGUUCACGUUGUCGGGGCCCCUCUACCUCUCCCAGGGCCAGGACUGCCUGCCCGGCCACUCAGGGUUCCUCCGCCAGCCCCGCCCGGACCACUGCUCAAG